AGAAGGAUUCUUUUCAAAAAUAUGGUCCUAUACAUAAUUCAAACUAGAAAGCAUAAAGAAAAGAUUUAAAUAUAGUAUAGUUCCUCUCUUUAAGACUAGUUUUGAAAUAAAAACCCUACCCCCCCCCCCCGUACUGGUUGUGUUUGCUUAUAAAGAAUGGGCAGUGAGAGAACACAUAAUGUGAACUAUUCCAUUGAUGGGUAACAACAGUGACCAUUUAGUCUGUAAUACAAGCUUCUUUGAUAAAAUAACCUUUUUUGGGGGCAUGAAUAUUUUAAAAAGGAAAGAAAAUAUGGGUGGGUUGUAUUUCCAAAUUUUUCUACAAGGGUUUAUUUUCCUUAUUGAAAGAUGAAAACAAGAAGUGAUCUGAUCUUGCUGCUGCUUGCUUCUGUCAUGUUACAAAACAUUGCUUUGAAAGCCGAGUAUCUUUAUUCUGAUCCUUUAAUUUGGUUGAGAGGAGGUAGUACAAGUGAGAACAGGGAAAAAUAGGUAGUAACUAAAUUUAAAGAGACAGAUAUUCUAGCUAUGAGCAGUCAAGUAAAGUUGAGUAAUGACUGUUAUCCAUAACUGACAAUUCAUGAUUUAGUCUUUAAAUAGCUCAGGGGAUCAUAAGGAAUUACAAGUGUUUCUCUGUAAAUCUUUGGCUAUGAUAAGUGGCCUGGCAAGGGUAAGUGCUUUUCUGCUUCCUAUAUCUAUCUAUCUACACACACACACACACUAAUUUACAGCAGGAUUUCUUUCUUUAAGGGAUACAGAAAAGGGAUCUAUUUGACUUCAGGUACACUGGAAGUUUUAUUUUAAACACUUCAAUUCAUCUGUUUUUUAUUUUGUGUACUUAAAGUUCCCAAGCAACUAAAAUUUGCAAACACAGCUAUGGAUACACUAUUUGUUUUAUACAAGUUAAGAAUGUAGGUCUCUCUUUUUGUUGUAUUCCCCUCCCCUCCAUUUCUUAAUCAUAUAUAUUUCUAUAUAUAUUAAUUAGUAACACACAGUUACAGGUUGAUUUACAAAUUCCUAUACGCCUGCAACUAAUAGUUUGUAGCCUCUAGUUUGAAGAGAAUGAGUAGUCAGGAACUGGUUACUUUGAAUGUGGGAGGGAAGAUAUUCACAACAAGAUUUUCUACCUUAAGGCAGUUUCCUGCUUCUAGGUUGGCACGAAUGUUAGAUGGCAGAGACAAAGAAUUCCAGAUGGUUGGUGGCCAGAUUUUUGUGGACAGAGAUGGUGUUUUAUUUAGUCAUAUCUUAGACUUUUUGAGAACUCACCAGCUUUUAUUGCCCACUGAUUUUUCAGACUACCUUAGGCUUUGGAGAGAGGCUCUUUUCUAUGAACUUGAUUUUCUGGUUGAUGUGUUAAACCAAGAACACUUACUACUGCAAAGACCUGCUGUUGUGAAGGUGCAUUUCCUAAAUCGAAAUACUCAGGCUUUUUUCAGAGUAUUUGGCUCUUGCAGCAGAACAAUUGACAUGCUGACUGGGAGGAUUACAGUAUUUACAGAGCAAUCUUCAGCACCAGCCAGGAGUAGUGACUCCCUCCAUCCGCAGAUCAACUUACUUCCACUGCCUCCACAAAAGCCUUCUUACCAUGACCUGGUUCUCCAGUGUGGCUGUGACAGCACGACUGAUAACCAAACUGGAGUCAGGUAUGUUUCUAUAAAACCUGAUAACCGAAAACUGGCCAAUGGAACUAAUGUCCUCGGCUUACUGAUUGACACUUUAUUAAUGGAAGGCUUCCAACUUGUCAGCACUAGGACAGUAUCUGAAGACAAAACUGAAUGCUAUAGCUUUCAAAGAAAAAAAAAGAUGGAAGCUUUUACCGUGAACAAAAUACUGAAAACAGAGACUACCAAUCAAUACCAGAGCAAUCUAAGAAAAACAAACUAGGUUCUUUGUUCUCUUUUAGAGUAAAAGGAUAUUGUAUUUUCUGGUUUGGAAAUUCCUAUAUUUAGAACAUAUCUUAGUGAGAUAGGUCCUCAGCUUAACUUUUUGGCCUUGCCUCCUAACACCUUAACACCUCAACAGUGCUCAGGCCUGCUAACUGCUGCCACUUUCAAAAUAACACUGUACACCUGGUGCUUUGGCACAUGUUCCUUCUACCUUAAGCGCCUCUUUUUCCUUUCUUUUCUUCCUGAACCCUUAACAUAGCUUUCAAGAAUGGAAUCUGGAAUCAGGCUGCUUGAUUUCCAACCCAAAUCACUUAGCUAUGUGAUUUAGACAAGUAAUUUAAGCUUCCUUCAACUUACUCCAUCAAAUGGGGUAAUAAGUAGGUCUCCAUUAAAUGAUAUGUGAAAGUUAAAGGAGAUAAGUACUUGACACAUUGCCUGGCACAUGGUGGGCACUUAGUAACUCAGUAAUGAAGAAUAUGAAUGGCCCAUUUCCAGUUGUACUUUUUUCUUUCUUUCUCAGGCCUUUGUUCUAUACUGACUUGCAUGUCAGCAUAAAAACAAUUUUGAAUGUGAGCUGAAUGCACUGUAUACUUUUUAACACUGUAAAGCACUGUGCUUAACAUUUAGUAAGAGAAUUACCACUCUUGUUACUAUUUAUACUUAUAUUUGUUGGUUUUUGAACCACCUCUAUCAAAUGCAAAAUAUAUAACAGAUCUAGUGAAUCUCUUAUGUAAUUUCAAAUACUAGGAGACAUUAAGUCAAAGAGCACCAAGUACUUUGCACACACUAAGUACUGUUCAUUCAUAAACACCUGUUAAAUGGUUGGACACUAUACUAACUUUUCAAUAUUAAAAAAUAAGACGAGUCAUUCUCAAGGAACUCAACACUCAAGUAAUCCUAACAGCAAAACAUUGAAGUUCAAAGUCAGUAAGGAGUGGAUAAGUUAUGACUUAUAUCAUGAAAUACCCUACCGUCUUUAAGAAGAAUGAGAGCAGUUUAUAAACUAGUAUGUAUUGUCAAAUACUUUAUAAGUAGAGAAGCAAGGUGUAGAAUAUAAAUGGAAAAGAUACUUGUGCAUAGAAUUUUCAGCAAAGCUACAUGUCACCUAGGGACAGGGAACUGGAUGAAUGGUGUCUAGGUAUGAGAGGAACAUUUAUUUUUACCACAUGCAUUUUUUAUUUUAAAGGAAGAUGCUAUACCUGAAAAAUUGAAUGUGUGUGUGUUUGGAGGUGUUAAAGGGACUAUUAAAAAGGCAUGAGGACACAAUUUACUUCCUGUGAAACCUCUUUUAACUCAGUAAAGAAAUUGUAUUCCAGAAAUAUACUAGUAACUAGUGUACUAGUUACUUUUUAGUACAUUGGUGUACUAGGUUGUGGGGAAGAUAUUUUUGUUGAAAUGCCCUAACAGUAUCUCAAGUGGAUCAGUUGGUUAAAGUGCAAAAUGCUUCAAGAUGAAUGUUAUUACUAAUUUAAUAAUUUCGAAUAAUAAAAAAGCCCUAUAAAUAAGUGUUAAGAUUUUGGUGGCACUCAUUGCUUUUCUGCAGAAAACUAACUUAGUUUUCAUAGUUUUGGGGAUAUGUUUGGCUCUUAUUUCUAUUCUAGUUGAGUAUAGUUGGUAUGAUUAUAUGAUUGUAUGUGUCACAUGUUGUAACACCAACUCUGCAGUGUUUUGCUGGUAGGACUGAAAAAACAACUGAUUAAAAAAUAUGGAAAUAAAAAAUACUAAUUAUCUAGUGUGGCAAGGAAUAUUCA